ACUAGUAUUACUUAUCAUCUGUCCUUGGCUUGAAAAUUGAUAUUUCGGUUUAUAACUUGAACCCCUGGCCAUCCAAAAACAACCACGAUGACCUGCGACACGGUUGUGCUUAAAAUCGCCGAACGACAAUCGGAGACAUCCAUUCGGCCUCGGACUCGGAGCCGAUUGCAGUAAGGAGGUUGAAUCCUGGUGUCAAGGGGCAGCAGCCAACAAACACCUGCAGCGCUGGUGGUGGGGGCCAACAGCAGUGCGCAGCCUCACAGCCUCGCCAACAUCUUCUUUCCCCUCACUUGCGAGGACACCAGCGACGGCAUCAUCUCACUCUGCGCUGCGCUCACACCAAGCCAUCAAGAUGAAGUUCCUCUGCUUACAUGGCAAAGGCACCAGCGGUGCGAUCUUCAAGUCCCAGACAGCGGCGCUCCGCUCGCGGCUGUCGGAGCUGAACAUCGAAUGGGACUUCGUGGACGGGUUCUACAAGAGCGACCCAGCGGCGGGCGUCGACCUCUUCUACGCACCACCCUACUACGCAUGGUACGAGAACGACACCGUCGACGAGAUCGUCGCCUGCCGCAACAAACUCCAAGAAUACAUCCGCACUCACGGGCCCUACGAUGCCGUGAUGACCUUCUCGCAGGGAGCAGCGGUGGCGUCCACCUUCGCGCUGCUCCAACAAUCUGAGGACCCCUCCGCGCCGCUCCCGUUCAAGGCGGCGAUUUUCAUCUGCGCCGGCUCGCCGCUGCGCAUCAUGGAGCAGGUCGGCUACGAGAUCGCGCCCCAGGUGUGGGAGAAGGACCUGUUGACGCGGCAGGCGCUCGCCGCGCAGGCCGACGCCUCCGCCAUCCUGCUGCAGGGCUCGUCGCGGUGGAACGCCGGCGCAGCCUCGUCCCGCGAGUCCGAGGAGGAUAUCCGUCGCGAGAUCACCCCGUCCGACGUGCGCAUCCCCGUCCCCUCCGUCCAUGUCUACGGCGCCCGCGACCCCCGCUACUCCGCUGGCAUCCAGCUGUCGCAGACUUGCGACCCUGCUAAGAGGAGGAUGUAUGAUCAUGGCGGUGGACAUGAGAUCCCCCGCACAGAGGCCGUCACCAGCAGUAUUGCGGCGUUGGUGCGCUGGGUGUUGCGCGCCGGCGGUGUCUUAUAGAUUAUUGCUGGUGACAUUGUGUAUAUGGCUUUGCAUGGUAAUAGAUGGUAUUGAUUUUUGACAUUGGGACUAGCAAUAGGGAUGUAGAUUGAAACCUUAAGGGUUUUCCGACGCGCGAUAGCAUUAAGCACAGAAAUAAUGAGCGAGAGGGGCGUGGUCAAGUGGGGAAUACUGACUGUUAAGGCGACGGCCCUCUGGACGGCACCGCAUUGCAUCACUUGACGAACCGGACCUGCUCCCUCUUCCACAUCAGGGCCACGG